UUUUUGCCAUUUGAGCUUUCUCUCUGAUAAGGUCACUUCCUCCGACCCUUUUAUCAGGCUCAAAACUGCAAACUCUCACCGCCGGUUACUUUCGAUUUUCCUUCUUCAUUCGGAAAAAAGACCCAAUUUUUAUUUUCCGGUGUUUGAGAAUUUCAUUCAUUUGAAAAAUAUUUGAUUUUCGUAUCCUCCUAUACAGUUUGAUUGAGCUGAUUCAGAGAGAAGAUAGACAGGAAAUUUAGAGUAAUUUCUUGAAAAAAUGGCUCAGAUUCAGCAUCAGGGUCAAAAUGCCAACGGCGGAGUGGCGGUUUCUGGUGCUGCUGCGGCGGCUGCGGCUGCAGCGGCCGGAGCGGCUCAGCAAGGGACGACGUCUCUUUAUGUCGGCGAUCUAGACCAGACCGUGACGGAUUCACAGCUGUUUGAGGCGUUUAGCCAAGCGGGUCAGGUGGUUUCUGUUCGUGUUUGUAGAGACAUGACGACUCGGAGAUCUCUUGGCUAUGGAUACGUUAACUAUGCCACUCCUCAAGAUGCGUCCAGGGCACUGAAUGAGCUGAAUUUCAUGGCACUCAAUGGAAGGGCUAUUAGAGUUAUGUACUCUGUUCGUGAUCCAAGUCUCCGUAAAAGCGGAGUUGGUAAUAUAUUUAUUAAGAAUCUUGACAGAGCAAUCGAUCACAAAGCACUCCACGAGACAUUUUCUGCAUUUGGUCCCAUUCUGUCUUGCAAAGUGGCUGUUGAUCCUUCUGGCCAGUCGAAAGGCUAUGGUUUUGUACAGUAUGACACUGAAGAAGCAGCUCAGAGAGCCAUAGAGAAAUUGAAUGGAAUGCUUCUUAACGAUAAGCAAGUAUAUGUUGGACCCUUUGUCCACAAGCAGCAGAGAGAUCCUUCGGGUGAGAAGGUGAAGUUUAACAAUGUCUAUGUCAAAAAUCUCUCUGAGUCCUUGACUGAUGAAGAGCUGAACAAAGUUUUUGGAGAGUUUGGAUCAACGACUAGUUGCGUUAUCAUGAGAGAUGGUGAAGGCAAGUCUAAAGGCUUUGGAUUUGUCAAUUUUGAGAGUUCGGAUGAUGCAGCCAGAGCUGUUGAGGCUCUGAAUGGAAAGACCUUUGACGAUAAGGAGUGGUUUGUUGGGAAAGCCCAGAAGAAGUCCGAGAGGGAAACCGAACUCAAACAAAAGUUUGAGCAAAGUUUAAAGGAGGCUGCAGACAAGUCUCAGGGGUCGAACUUGUAUGUUAAGAACUUGGAUGAAAGUGUCACUGAUGAGAAGCUCAGAGAACAUUUUACUGCCUUUGGAACUAUUACGUCAUGCAAGGUGAUGCGUGAUCCUAGUGGAGUAAGCAGAGGAUCUGGUUUUGUCGCAUUUUCAACUCCCGAGGAAGCAACAAGAGCUAUUGCGGAGAUGAAUGGAAAAAUGAUUGUUACAAAACCUCUAUAUGUUGCUCUUGCUCAGCGGAAAGAAGACCGCAAAGCUAGGUUACAGGCCCAAUUUUCACAGAUGAGGCCAGUUAAUAUGCCACCUGCGGUUGGUCCUAGAAUGCCAAUGUACCCACCAGGUGCUCCACCAAUGGGUCAACAACUCUUCUAUGGUCAAGGACCUCCUGCUAUGAUUCCUCCUCAGCCUGGAUACGGGUAUCAACAACAGCUUGUUCCGGGUAUGAGACCUGGUGGAUCCCCAAUGCCAAACUUCUUCAUGCCUAUGAUGCAACAAGGCCAGCAACAACAACAACAGCAGCAACAACAGCAGCAGCAACGGCCUGGUGGUGGUAGAAGAGGAGGAGCUCUUCCACAACCACAGCAACCUUCUAUGAUGCAGCCUCAGCAGAUGCAUCCAAGAGGUAGAAUGUAUCGGUAUCCACAGAGAGAUGUAAACACAAUGCCUGGUCUUACUCCAAACAUGCUUUCUGUCCCAUAUGACGUGUCUGGUGGCGCUGGUGGUGGGCAUCUUCGUGAUUCACCUGCUGGUCAACCUGUUCCUAUUGGAGCUUUGGCUACAUCGCUCGCAAAUGCAGCUCCAGAGCAUCAGAGAACGAUGCUUGGUGAGAAUCUAUACCCGCUUGUGGAGCAGCUUGAGCCAGAAUCAGCAGCUAAAGUCACGGGAAUGCUUCUCGAGAUGGACCAAACCGAAGUACUUCACUUGCUGGAAUCUCCUGAUGCACUUAAAGCCAAAGUUGCAGAGGCAAUGGAUGUUCUGAGGAGUGUAGCUCAGCAGCAGCAAGCUGGUGGUGCAGCUGAUCAGUUAUCUUCUCUGUCUCUUGGAGACAACAUCGUUCCUUGAGUUGAAUAUCUGAAGAGCUCAGUUUAUAUCCACCUCAUUAGUGUUUAUUUUGUCCUUUUGAGAAUCAGAAACAAAGAGUUGGUUCUUGAAAGUUUUGGAUUUUGAGCUAUUGUUUUUGGCGAGAGAGUUUUAGCAUUUUCCUUCUGUGUUUUUGAUCUUAAUACUUUGGGAAGUUUUGGAUCGUUUCUCUCACCUUUUUAUCUACAAAAUGCUCAUUGCACAAGUCU